UACACUUGCGCUUUGGGAAUGGAGGAGCGCGCUUUCCGGGGAGGGUAGAGGGCGGGUCCAGGCCGAGGUCUCAACGCGACUGCGCAGACGGGAUGCCUCCUGGAAGAUGGCGACCUGCGCCGAGAUCCUACGGAGCGAGUUCCCGGAAAUUGACGGACAGGUCUUCGACUACGUGACUGGUGUGUUGCACAGCGGCAGCGCGGAUUUCGAGUCUGUGGAUGAUCUGGUGGAAGCCGUGGGGGAACUGUUGCAGGAGGUGUCCGGGGACAGCAAGGAUGACGCGGGCAUCAGAGCCGUGUGCCAGCGCAUGUACAACACUCUGCGCCUCGCCGAGCCACCAAGUCAAGGAAACAGCCAGGUGCUGCUGGACGCCCCCAUCCAGCUGUCAAAGAUAACGGAGAGCUACGACUGUGACCCCAGACUUCCAGGAUUGCUAAAGAGAGAACAGUCCUCGACGGUGAACGCCAAGAAGCUAGAGAAGGCCGAAGCGCGCCUGAAGGCCAAGCAGGAAAAACGCUCAGAGAAGGAUAGCCUCAAGACCAGCGGCCCUCCAGUCUUGGAAGAGGCAUCUGCAAGCCAGGCAGGGAGCAGGAAAGAGAGUCGGCUGGAAUCUUCUGGCAAGAACAAGUCCUAUGAUGUGCGCAUCGAGAACUUCGACGUGUCUUUUGGCGAUCGGGUACUGCUGGCCGGAGCUGACGUGAACCUGGCGUGGGGCCGCCGCUAUGGGCUGGUGGGGCGAAAUGGCCUGGGAAAGACGACGCUGCUGAAGAUGCUGGCCACCCGGAGCCUGCGGGUACCGUCUCACAUUUCCCUGCUGCACGUGGAGCAGGAGGUGGCGGGAGACGACACUCCUGCCCUCCAGAGUGUGCUGGAGAGUGACAGUGUGCGGGAGGACCUGCUGCGGAGGGAACGGGAGCUCAGCAGCCAGAUUGCUGCGGGCAGGGCCGAAGGCACUGAGGCUGCACAGCUGGCAGAAAUCUAUGCGAAACUGGAGGAGAUUGAAGCAGACAAGGCACCUGCCCGGGCCUCUGUCAUCCUCGCUGGGCUUGGCUUUACUCCUAAGAUGCAGCAGCAGCCCACCCGGGAGUUCUCGGGCGGCUGGAGAAUGAGACUGGCCCUAGCCCGGGCCCUGUUUGCUAGGCCAGAUCUCCUGCUGCUAGAUGAACCUACAAACAUGUUGGACGUGAGGGCCAUCCUGUGGCUGGAGAACUACCUGCAGACAUGGCCCUCCACCAUCCUAGUCGUCUCCCACGACCGCAACUUCCUGAAUGCCAUUGCCACCGACAUCAUCCACUUGCACAGCCAGCGGUUAGAUGGUUACCGCGGUGACUUUGAGACCUUCAUCAAGAGCAAGCAGGAGCGGCUGCUCAACCAGCAGCGGGAAUAUGAGGCCCAGCAGCAGUAUCGCCAGCACAUCCAGGUUUUCAUCGAUCGAUUUCGCUAUAAUGCCAACAGAGCUUCUCAAGUGCAGAGUAAACUCAAGAUGCUGGAGAAGCUACCAGAACUGAAACCUGUGGACAAGGAAUCGGAAGUUGUGCUGAAGUUUCCUGAUGGGUUCGAGAAGUUCUCCCCACCAAUCCUUCAGCUAGACGAGGUGGAUUUCCACUACGACCCUAAGCAUGUCAUCUUUAGUCGUCUGUCUGUCUCUGCUGACCUUGAGUCCCGCAUCUGUGUGGUUGGAGAGAAUGGAGCUGGGAAAUCGACUAUGCUGAAGCUGCUCAUGGGGGACCUAGCACCCGUCCGAGGUGUCAGGCAUGCUCACAGGAACCUGAAGAUUGGUUAUUUCAGCCAGCACCACGUGGAGCAGCUGGACCUGAACGUCAGCGCCGUGGAACUACUGGCACGCAAGUUUCCCGGGCGGCCUGAGGAGGAGUAUCGGCACCAGCUGGGCCGGUAUGGCAUCUCUGGAGAACUGGCCAUGCGUCCUGUUGCAAGCUUAUCUGGGGGCCAGAAGAGCCGGGUGGCCUUUGCCCAGAUGACCAUGCCCUGUCCCAACUUCUACAUUCUGGACGAACCCACCAACCACCUGGACAUGGAGACGAUUGAAGCUCUAGGCCGCGCACUCAACAACUUCAGGGGUGGCGUGAUUCUGGUGUCCCACAACGAGCGCUUCAUACGGCUGGUGUGCCGAGAACUGUGGGUGUGCGAAGGAGGCGGUGUCACUCGGGUUGAAGGGGGCUUUGACCAGUACCGGGCCCUCCUGCAGGAACAGUUCCGCCGGGAGGGCUUCUUCUAGAGCCCAGGACAUGGACUCAUCCCCCAGGCCCCUGAAUCGCCAUGACUUCCCCCAGCGUGGGACAGCCUUAGCCCUGGACACCUCUUUCCACUGUGCAGUGUGGAGGACUAAUCUGCCCAGGCAGGAGCUGGGACUGCCUUCUAGAGUUAGGGGUACCCCCUGGCCACAGUUCUGACUGGACCCAGGUGGUUGCUAUGUAAAUUAAACCCUCCUGGCACCUCCUUGGC